AUGAGACCCAACAAGAUUGAGCGAAGGAAGGAGCUGGAGCUGGCCGUUGCUCUCCGGCAAAAAGAGUUGGAGGGGCUGCGAAGACGUAAGGCCGAACUCGAGGAGGAGUUGAGCAUAACGCCUCAGAAUCUGACAUCUGGUGAUCUUUCUGCUGCCUUUCCUGUCCUUGACUACUGCGGGGCCAGACCCCGAAAGGAUCUGCGCACUGUUCCCAUUGAACGCGUCGGAAACAUGCUGACGCAGUUUGAGUUGGCUUCCAAGGCCAUUUCGGAGCGCAACCAGGCACUGAUGCACGAGGUGAAUGAACUCAAUCGUCGCAUCAAGGCCCAGGGAAAACACUAUAUCAGGGUGAGCGAGCAAACCAAAAAUCUUGAGGACGCCACUGGCGUUCGGGCCCAGGGCGGGGAUCAGGCAAGUGAACGCAGAGCUUUCCUUCGACAAAACGAGACGGAUGUGACGCCUCAGGAACUGGAGUCCAGAAAGGCGCUCAUUUUAAAGGAAAUCCGUACAGGCCGAAUUCUCCUCAAGAAGAAAGAACAAACAAUUUUUGAGAUGACAAACGCGGUACAGUUGCGUCGGGAAAUUCUGGAUGAAAUUGACGCGCUGAAUAACGGUAUACGCGUCACCGAUCGCGAUUUGAAAUGUGAAAAGGAAGCACUCCAGGCACUGAUUGCCGAACAUGACGACGUCGAUGCUAAAUUAAAUAAAGCCAUGAUUGCAAAGGAAUCGAGCUCCCGUCUUUUGAUUCAGGAGGGCAUUGCGGAAAUGCGGGAUGAGAUUUCCGGCACGGUGACUGAAUCUCGUCAGAGGCAAGAGCGUGUCAUCAAGACCCAGAAUUACCGCAUUGAACAGCUUGAACACCGUCUGGAGUGCAUUGAAAAGGCACUACAAAACAAUAAUCUUUUGCACGGUGUGGACGCGGCAUUAUCGCAAAGCUGGGCAGCUAAAGGUGAUUUGAUGACUCUUGGCGAUGAUGUAGAUAUGUAUGAUUCAGAUAAAAUCAAUCCCUCGCAAGAACGGUGUCAUCCAGCCAUUUACAAUCUUUUCCUUGCAGAGAAAAAUAGACUGACUAGGUGUAUCAGUUUGUUGAACCUUGUUGCAAAGGAAAAGGAGGCUGUAAUUGAUGCUCUUGGAUGUAAGGCCGAGGCGUUAUCAAAGGAGUGUCAAGAGGCCAUUCAAGAAUUGGAUCAGGUUGCUUCAGGGGCCGCGUACGAGGAGGAAAACCAGCGCGUUAAGGCUAUAGAGUAUAUUGAGCAACAGCGUCUGCGCUACUCUGAUCUAUUUUUUGAAAAACACAGGCUGAAGUCGUUGGCGCUUACCACGCCGCGUACGGGGGGCCAGCAACACGUAGGUAGAGGAUGA